CUUGGAUAGUAGGGCCCACUUCAGUUUGAACACCCGCCACAAAAUCCCGUUGAAGGCAUUUCUUUACACACCCAAAUACUCUUUUAUAUUUCUUUGAUUUUACCAUCAAACCAGCAUUUGAAUCCAAUUAUGGCGUCUCUAGGCUUGAGCUUCCAUACCGAAAACUCUAUUCUGAAGCAGAAUUCAGUAACAAGAAGCACCGAUCCCACAUGGGUUCUUCAUAAAUUUUCAGUUAAUAAUGGCAUUUCCGGUAGAAAAGAUCGCUCUCGGAAAAGACUGCUCAAAAUUUGCGCCAUUACUGGCCAACAAGAAGGAUUGGUCAAUGAAGGAAAGGCCGAUUCAGCAUCAGAUUCAGGUUUCACUAAAGAGGAGAGCUCUUUGAUUGAUGCCCUUAUUGGGAUGCAAGGCCGUGGUCGCUCUGCUUCUCCUAAGCAGCUUCAAGAAGUUGAACGUGCGGUGCAAGUGCUGGAAAAUUUGGGUGGUGUACCUGAUCCAACCAGCUCAAGCUUGAUAGAAGGCCGCUGGCAGUUAAUGUUCACAACAAGGCCAGGCACAGCAUCACCAAUACAGAGAACAUUUGUCGGGGUUGACUCAUUUGCGGUGUUUCAAGAGGUAUACCUACGGACGAAUGACCCACGUGUAUCCAACAUAGUCAAGUUCUCAGAUUCAGUUGGUGAACUUAAAGUGGAGGCAACAGCAACAACUAAGGAUGGAAAGAGAAUCCUUUUCCAGUUUGAUAGAGCUGCAUUUGCUUUCAAGUUCCUUCCUUUUAAAGUUCCAUAUCCUGUUCCAUUUAGACUUCUAGGAGAUGAAGCAAAGGGCUGGUUAGACACUACCUACUUAUCUCAAUCAGGAAAUGUUCGCAUCUCGAGAGGAAAUAAGGGAACCACAUUUGUGCUGCAAAAGGAAACUGAUGCUAGGCAAAAAUUUCUAUCCGUCGUAUUCUCAGGAGUUGGAGUGAAAGAGGCGAUCGAGGAGUUUAUCUCCUUAAAUAAAAAAGAUUCAGGAGCUGAAAUGGAACUCAUUGAAGGAGAAUGGCAAAUGAUAUGGAGCUCCCAGGUUGAAACAGACAGCUGGAUGGAGAAUGCUGCAAAUGGUCUCAUGGGCAUGCAGGUUGAAUACCCAACUUCAAUUCUGAAUUUUCCCCAUAUUUUUCUAGGUUUUCCUGCUUUAUAUUAUGGCAUCUUUGAUCAAAAGUUUCUUAAAUUUCACAUCACAGAUCGUCAGACCAAAUGGUGGAAUGAAGUUCUUAGUGGACAUCUUUCUCGGCUUGAAAUUCUCUAUGACGGGCACUUUUGUGUAAGUUUUAGCUAACCUUACAACAGGGCAGCAAGAAUUCCAGCUGAUUGAAAUGCAAAACCUGACUUAUAUCCGAUACUUUUAUACUCAAAAUUUAUCUGGCUAAAAAGUGGACUUUCAACUGGAAUAUGUUUUGUGCAUGUUGAAAUGUAAUAAUUUCACUGCGUUCUACUGCUGGUCUUUUGAAGCCAAUGAGAUUAUUGCUAUUAAAUUUGUCUGCAUAAACCUUUUAUUUUGGUUUAUAAGUGUUGGAUCUUGAGACAUUUUGUUAAUCUGUAGUAAAUCUGGAAAGAACACGUAUGAUGUGACCAUGGACGAUGGAGCAAUUGUGCUCGGCCCUUAUGGACUUCCGUCAGAGAUGCAAACUGACAUCACUCUGGAAAUAUUGUAAGAAACUUGCUAUCUGUAAUUAGCAUAUCUUGAUUUUUUUUGUUCUAAAAUUAGAAAUCGAAUGCAUUCACUCUUCUUGCUGUCUUGGAUGUUUUUCAGAUACACAGAUGACAAGAUCAGAAUAUCCCGAGGCUACAACAGAAUCCUUUUUGUUCACCUACGGGUUGGCUGAAGGCGUUCAGCAGGAAUGUUUCAUCAUUAGGCUCACUCAUCUCAUGUAAAUCCAGAACGUCUAUAACAUUUACAGAAAAGGGAAAAGCAUACAGAAAAGAUUGUUUUCAUAUACCUAUGAUGUAACUCUAUUCAAUUUGAUGAAACGGUAUAUGUUCAUAGAAAUUUAAGUUAAGGUUGGAUAUACGUUCCUUUCAACUUUAGUUCGACAAACUCGUCAAUUAUAUGCUCAUUAGCUGAUGAAGUGAUCAUCCGCCCCAAAUAAUGGCUAUUUCAACUAGAAGCAAAAUGGAAAACUCACUCUCACUUCUCUUUAUUCGGCCAUGGGGAUCUUCAUACAUUUCUAGCAUGUUUUGGCACAAAAACGCU